AGGGAGCUUGUGGGUAUGGUGAUCUCUUCAAACAAGGGUAUGGCCUUGAAACCACAGCACUAAGCACAGCCCUCUUCAACAAUGGAAAAGCUUGUGGUGCAUGCUUUGAGAUUAAGUGUGUCAACGAGCCACAAUGGUGCAUUCCCAAUGCCGGUUCUAUUAUUGUAACUGCAACAAACUUUUGCCCUCCAAACUACAGCAAGCCAGACGGCAACUGGUGCAAUCCGCCACAAAGGCACUUCGACUUGUCCAUGCCAAUGUUCCUCAAAAUAGCUCAAUAUCGGGCCGGGAUAGUCCCCGUAGCGUACCGGCGCGUGCCUUGUGCUAAACAAGGCGGGGUCAAGUUCGAGAUCAAGGGAAACCCCUGGUGGAUUCUUGUCUUGUUGUACAAUGUUGGAGGUGCUGGUGACGUUUCUUAUGUCCAAAUUAAGGGCUCCAACACUAACUGGCUGCCAAUGUCGCGCAAUUGGGGGCAAAAUUGGCAGGCGGGAGGCACCUUAGUAGGGCAAAGCUUGUCGUUCCAAGUCACUACCAGCGAUGGAAAAACGAUACAGUUCAACAAUGUCACCCCGGCAAAUUGGCAAUUUGGCCAAACUUAUGAGGGAGGAAGCAACUUUUGA